UUAGCAAGCAAUUUUUGUGAUGAUACUUGCCUUUUGUUUAACGAUAAUGAAAUGUCGAGAGAAUUUCAAAAGUGCUUAUAAUGAAAACUUCGAAGCAAUUCUUAAGUAGUCAGCCGAAAUAUUUUGUCAUUGGAGGUUUACAAUUAAAUUGAGUCGCUAUGCCUUCACGUCGAUAUCAAUUGUUUAUUUUGCUCUUUGUUGGGCUUUGCGGUGUACGAGCGGAAAAUGGGUAUUGUUCAAUGAGUCUCCCCAGUGAUCCUUCGGUUCGACCGUUAUUGGAGAGAUCAUUCGGUAGUCGUUCAAUUUUAAAACCCUAUAAGCCGCUAAAGUCGGAAAAUUACAUACACGCUGACGAAGAUGAAGUAAUUACUCUUCAUUGUGUCAAUGGAUUUCAAGCGCUGAUUGACCGUGUCAGUAUGAAACUUAGAUGCGACGGUAGCUCCUGGCGAGAUGAAAAUGGUAAACAAUAUUAUAAUAAUCACAAUUCAGGUUUUGAAUGCAAAAAAGUCGCAUGGAAUUUGUACGAAAGUUCGGGAGCAUUUCGCUGGUGCCCAGAAUACGCCGCUUCGUAUAUAAUAGCGAAGAAAAACGUCAAUAAAUCGCCAACGCAUAUUGCUGGACUGUGCUACGAUACUGAAAGAUUUGUAUUAAGUUCAGCCGCAUACAAUAUACAGCCCGACGAGUUCAAUAUGAUUAAAACAAAAUUUGACCUUAGAAAUUAUUCUUUUGGGAAGGAAAUUAAAAAUUUUCAGUCUAUAGAAGAAGAAGGAUUAACGCCUCUUCGUUUUGAGGUUAAACAAUUUCAAGAGUGGUUCACCUUUGGCAACUUUCAUUAUGCUCCCCUCAUCGAAAAUGAUAAAUUAAAAACUACACUAGACGAAUUUAGUUCUUUAUUGAAUAUAACAUGGUGGCCAAAUCUUCGUUUAGGUAACUGGAAGAAAUAUCAAAAUGCUUUAGAGAAGCAUACAACCAAAGUUGCUUACAAUGUUAUUAGCGGUGUCGAAGGUAAACUUGAAGUGCCAUUUAGCAAUGAUUGCGACAAUACCACCGAAAUGAAAGCUCUAUUGGAUUAUUACGAACGCCAUAUACCCGCAUAUGUAUGGAAUUAUUUGCAUCCUCUACAGAACACAAGCAAGGAGGUUGUGAUCAUAGCGUUCAACUCACCGUUUUAUGAGUUCUACAAAAAGGACGACGUCGUAUUUUGCGAGGAUAUUUGUCACGAAGUUGAUUGGUUGGCGAAGGCACGCUCGACCUUCCAAUACGCAAACAUGGGCAUAAUGUUUUGUUGUCGUGCUGAUAAUGUUCAAAAAUCCAAACGUUUCAAUAACUUUCCAAACUUGGUUUUGAAAAAUGACACGGAAUACGUUACGGAACGUCUAGUUUACUAAAUUGAUUGUUGUUCUUGUUGCGUUUAUUCUAAUUGUUUCGACGCACUAGUCUAACGCUAACGGGCUUCAACAUGUUGAAAUAUAGAAACAUUUAUUAAACUAUAAAUUGUAUAGCGUGUGUAAGUGUGUGUUUAUUAAAUUAAUAAAGCAAACAAUUUGUAAAACCUAUUCCAUCAACAUCAAAACACAUUUUGUUGUUGAAAAAGAAAAUAUACAUGCAAUGAAGAAAUCGCAAUAAACA